UUUCUUGUACAGUAAACCUUGUUAUGGCAGUACUAUUAGAAUGCUCCUCCCGUCUCUCCGUUUAUUGGUCGUUGGUUGCCAUGUUAAUCAAAGCUCCGCCUUAAACUCCGAACCGACCAAUCAGAAACCGCCAAACUUUGAGGGCGGAAAAAAACACGGAAGUACUGAAAAGAAAAACACCACAGGACGAAUCGACACGUCGGCAGCGUUCAGUUUUAUGCCUAAAUGGAGGGAGACAGAGGUGUGGUUCUGGCCACAGAGAGAUAUGGCAGUGCAGGAUCCUGGAAGUAUUUUGGAAAGGGUGGCGUGAUGGAGAGGAGAAGAGAUGGGGGCCAAAGUGAAUCAAGAGGAAAAUCUAUCGUGGGAGUGUUUAAAAGUGUCUUUCUGCCUCAAGGAUAUCCAGAGAGUGUCAGCAGCGAUUACCUGCAGUACCAGUUUUGGGAUACUAUGCAGGCUUUCUCCAGCUCUCUGUCAGGGACUCUUGCCACUCAGGCCUCUCUCAAAGGUGUCGGUGUUGGAAACCAAGAGGCAACAGUAGCUGCAGCCACGAUCACCUGGUUACUAAGAGAUGGAACAGGCAUGAUGGGAAGAAUCCUCUUCGCUUGGCGGAAAGGGAGUAAACUGGACUCUGAGGCCAAAAAAUGGAGACUUUUUGCUGAUGUUCUCAACGACUUUGCCAUGUUCAUGGAAAUCUUGGCUCCUUACUUCCCUGCUUUCUUCACCCUGAUUGUUUGUACUGCAGGAAUAUUCAAGUCCAUUGUUGGAGUGGCCGGCGGUGCGACCAGAGCUGCUCUGACUGUUCAUCAGGCUCGCAGGGAUAACAUGGCUGACAUCUCAGCCAAAGAUGGCAGUCAGGAGACUUUAGUGAAUCUAGCUGGACUGCUGGUCAGUUUGGUGCUCAUCCCCCUCGUCACUGAUAAUCCAAUACUGACUCUGAGCCUCUUCUUCCUCUUCACCACACUUCACCUCUUUGCCAACUACAAGGCCGUGCGUUCAGUUGUCAUGGAAACCUUCAACGAGGCACGACUUUCGAUUGUACUGCAGCAGUACCUGACAGACAGUCGGAUCCUGAGCCCAGUAGAGGCCAAUCAAAGGGAACCAGUUUUCUUCGAGUUUAGGAAACAAGUGCCAAUCAAACUUGGAGUGAGGCUGCAGGAGGUUGUACAAAGCCCAGACGAACUCAGUUUGGCUCUGAAGAACAACAACAUGCCUUUCCUAUUAGGAUUACGCAAUGGAUGCGUAUGUGUUUGUUUGGGACCAGAAGCAUCAGUUCAUGAUGAAAUCAGAGCGUUGUGCCAAGCUGUGUGGCUCAGCAGCAUGUCAAGAGAACGGCAAAGUCACUGGGAUAUGGUGCAUGAGAGUCACAAGUUGAUGGACAAAAUUUUCAGUCCAUUCCUCAAAGGUGUGGAAGCUGCAGGAUGGGACCUGAAACGAACUCUACUGGACUGGGAUGAGUGGAGGGUCGAGUGGAAAACAAAAAGCAACUGA